AUGGGCGACGGAGCUACACACCAGAAAGCAGAUCGCGCUCGAGAGAUCGUAGUUGAAGCCUUGACCAGGAACGUCAAAGAAGACCACGUGCGCGAGAUAUUCGGAAAGUACGGUGUCAUCAAGGAACUCACCAUGCCCAUGAACCCCACCUUCAACAUCAAUCGCGGCAUAGCCUACAUUCUCUACGAGGAGAUCGACGACGCCGAACGCGCAAUCGCGAAGAUGCACGACGCACAAUUAGAUGGAGCCAAGAUCCAAGUUUCCAUUCCGGUCACCACGACGAAGCCUAUCGCGCUCUUCUUACAGUCGCUCGCCAUCCAGAACACCACCAAGACGAAGUGGGGGAGGAGGCUAUGGCAGGCGGGACAGUCCACCAAGGAGGGGAGGUCGCGCGGGUGCAGGCGGCGGAAGGAGGAGUCCAAGCUAUAG